CCGCGCGACGCGACGGGAGCCACCACGCCAUUAGUUCGCCGCUCCGCCCCGCCCCGCCCCAACCGCCACCAUCCCCGAUCUCGCCGCGCCUGCCGGCCCGCGAUCAGGCUCCUCUCCUCUCCGACCGCCCCCGAGCCUCCUGAGAUUUCGAGUCUGAACCCGGCGUCCCAUGGUGGGUCCGCCGCAUCGGGGCCUCGAGAUCUAGGGUUUCCGCGCCGAGCCGCGACGGGGGCGAUGGGGCGACGGAAGGCCACGGCGGCGGCGCCAGGGGCGGCCGCGCCCGCCCGGGGCUCGUCGAGGGCCGCGGACGGCGUCAUAUCAGAAAUCCGGGAGAAACAUAAACUGGAAUUGGAGAAUUUGACUCUAACAAAGCACCCAUUCAGGACAUUGCAUUUUUUCAUGCUAGCUAUGUUGCAAUACUUGAAAAGAUUAGCAACAUAUAUCCUGAGUAAACGUGCUUUGUUUGCUGUCCUAAUUGUUUUGGUGGUGAUUCCUGGGGUUACACUUCUGGUUACAGAUGGUCUACACAAAAAGCACGUUCAGGAGUUCCUUCAUUAUGCUAGGUUUGUGCUGUGGUGGGUUUCAUUAGGUGUGGCCUCGUCAAUCGGACUAGGUUCAGGUUUGCAUACAUUUGUGCUAUAUCUUGGGCCCCAUAUUGCUCUCUUCACUAUUAAGGCUGUUCAAUGUGGCCGGGUUGAUCUGAAGAGUGCUCCAUAUGAUACCAUACUGCUUAAACAGGCACCAUCAUGGCUUGACAAAAAAUGUUCGGAAUUUGGAUCGCCAAUGUACCCUGCAACAGAUCAUUCAGUGAUGAUCCCGGUCUUUGAUUUACUCCCUCAGGUUCAGUUGGAAGCUGUUCUUUGGGGUAUCGGGACAGCACUUGGCGAGCUCCCUCCUUAUUUUAUAUCACGAGCUGCUCGUUUGUCAGGAAGUGAGUUAGAAGCUGUCAAGGAGCUGGAUGUUGCUCCUUCGACAGAAGAUGGUCCAGUUGCAUCCAAUGUGAAUCGUACAAAACGCUGGCUUCUUUCUCACUCUCAGCAUCUCAACUUCUUCACUAUCUUGAUACUUGCUUCGGUUCCAAACCCGCUGUUUGACCUUGCUGGUAUUAUGUGUGGUCAAUUUGGCAUACCCUUCUGGGAGUUCUUCUUUGCAACUUUGAUUGGGAAGGCCAUAAUCAAGACUCAUAUCCAGACUCUGUUUAUCAUCUCGUUAUGCAACAACCAACUCUUGUAUCUUAUGGAAAAGGAAUUAAUCUGGAUAUUUGGCCACAUUCCUGGGUUUUCUGCCAACUUGCCAUCUGUGAUUGCCAAACUCCACAGUGCGAAGGAGAAGUAUUUAUCACCACCGGCGUCAGGUUCACCAUCAUCACAAAUUGAGGAUAAACAGUGGAAUUUCUCAUUUGCAUUUAUCUGGAACAGUGUAGUAUGGCUGGUGCUUAUGAACUUCUUCAUUAAGAUUGUCACAUCAACAGCUCAGGAUUAUCGCAAAAGGCAGCAGGACGUAGAGAUGGAGCUCAUUACCGAUUCCUCGUCCCUGAGCCAUUCUAAAACAAACUAACGGCGAAAGUUGUUGUAUUUAUUCAGCUCCAAGUUGCAGAUAUUCUCCUCAGUAGCCUUAACGCCUGGCUUAAGCCCUAUUCCUCUUCUGUACAUUGAACAUAAACAUGGGCCUCGCUAACCUGCCUCAAGUGAUGGCUGCAACCUUUUGUCAUUGCGCCUCUAUUGGCAGUUCGUCGAGGAGAAGCAAUCCUUUUUUACUUGGAUGAACUUUAGGGACUGUUUGUUUAGCACGAUUGAAUUACAAAGAUGUAUUACUGGUUAUUUUGGGAAUACGGUAGCCAAUAGGGCACCUGAGAGAGUACUCGACAGUGAUAUGUUUUGUUGUUACAUUCAGUUUUCAAUUGCAUAUUCGCAAUUGGAGUCAGCUAGAUCUAAUGGAAGACUACAACUA